GAACUGGAAAUGGCUGAAUCUCAGGUGGCUGUGGCUCCUGUAAUAACAUCAAAGUUGUCCGUUAAAGCACCUGAGUUUUAUCCAUCAGGAUAUAACCAGAACUUUCCAGAUUCUUCCUUUGAAGAUGAAUAUGAUGGCUAUCUGCCUUUGGCAGAAUAUGUACAAGACUUCCUAAAUCACCUCGCCGAGCAACCAGGUUGUUUUGAAACUGAAAUAGAGCAGUUUGCUGAAACAGUGAAUGGCUGGGUCGCUGCAGAUGAAACUUUGCAAGAACUUGUUGAACUCGUAUAUCAGCAGGCCACAACUGUCCCAAAUUUUUCCUACAUGGGAGCACGGUUGUGUAACUAUCUAUCUCAUCAUCUAACCAUUAGUCCACUAAGUGGGAACUUCCGACAAUUGUUACUUCAAAGGUGUCAAACAGAGUACGAAAAUAGAGAUGAAGCUGCCAAAGGAGAUGAGACUGCUCGAAAACAAUUUCAUGCCUUUGUGUUGUUCUUAGCUGAACUUUACCUUAACCUAGAGAUUAAAGGAACAAAGGGACAGGUUAAACAAGCAGAAAUUCUUCAAGAAGGCCUUCAGGAAUUACUAAAUGUGCUCUUCUCUAAUCCUGUGGAUAAUAAUUUGAUGUGUGCAGUGAAACUGCUGAAGCUACUCCAGGGCUUCCCCAUGUGGGGUCCAGGGGCCUGCCAUGAAGGAUACGAUGCCACCCCACCUCCAUGA